AUGCAAGUCCUGAACUUGAUCAGAGAAUUUGAACUUCAAAGAAUGAAGGACUCUGAUACGAUUAAAAAUUACUCCGACAAGCUUCUUAGUAUCGCAAACAAAGUGAGGCUUCUUGGAUCUGAAUUUACUGACCCAAGAAUUGUAGAAAAAAUUCUUGUUAAAGUACCUAAAAGAUACGAAGCCACCAUUACGUCCUUGGAGAAUACGAAGGAUUUGUCAAAAAUUUCCUUAGCAGAAUUGCGAAAUGUAUUGCAGGCACAAGAACAAAGAAGACUGAUGAGGGAGAACACAACAACCAAAGGAGCUUUGGCAGCCAAGCAUCAAAACAUGGCCAAAAUUCAAAAAAAGAAGGAUUUUGAAGGAAAUGGGGCAACUACAGCAUCAGCAAGUGCAAAAGGAAAGAAUGAAAAUCAGAAGAAAUCCUAUCCACCUUGCAAACACUGCAGAAAGAAGGGUCAUCCUCAAUUUAGAUGCUGA